UUGCUGCUUUCCCUUCCCUUCCGUCUUCCUCGGCCUCACCGCCGCCGCGCCCGUAACCACCUCAACCAACGCCGGAUCUCACGGCGAGCCGGGGAACGGCGACAGGAGCAGGAGGAGUGACGUGGAGCAUGGAGAGCUCGUCGCCGUCGGUGCCGUUCCCGCUGCUGCAGGCGCCGGUGGAGAGCACGUACCGGGCCUGCACCAUCCCCUACCGCUUCCCCUCCGACAACCCGCGCAAGGCCACCCCCGUCGAGAUCCAGUGGAUCGACCUCUUCCUCAACUCCGUCCCUUCCUUCAGGCAGCGCGCGGAGAAUGAUCCCACGGUGCCCGACGCGCCCGCGAAGGCCGAGAAGUUUGCCCAGAGGUACACAGCAAUGCUUGAGGAGAUGAAGAAGAACCCAGAGAGUAAUGGAGGGCCACCAGAUUGCAUUCUUCUUUGUAGGCUUCGUGAGCUGGUCCUUAGAGAACUGGGAUUUAGGGAUAUAUUCAAGAAGGUUAAGGAUGAGGAGAAUGCUAAGGCUAUGUCACUCUUUGAGGGUGUUGUUCAGCGAAAUGAUGAGAUUGAAGAUGAUGGAAAACGAGCGGAAAAUUUGAUCCGUGGAAUCUUAGCAGGAAAUAUAUUUGAUUUGGGAUCUGCACAGCUUGCAGAAGUUUUUGCUAAAGAUGGUAUGUCCUUUUUGGCAAGUUGCCAGAAUCUUGUAUCUCGACCUUGGGUUAUCGACGACCUUGAUGCAUUUAAAAAUAAAUGGACUAAGAAAUCUUGGGAAAAGGCUGUUAUUUUUGUUGACAAUUCUGGUGCUGAUGUCAUCUUGGGCAUUUUACCAUUUGCAAGGGAAUUGCUCCGACGUGGCACAAAGGUGAUACUUGCUGCCAAUGAUAUGCCGUCGAUCAAUGAUGUCACUUACCCAGAGCUUGCUGAAAUCAUAAACAAGCUCAAGGAUGAAAAUGGAAAGCUUGCAGGUGUGGAUGCAUCUGAACUACUUGUUGCCAACUCUGGUAACGAUCUCCCAGUAAUUGAUUUGUCUAGUGUACCACCAGAGCUAGCCUAUUUGGCAAAUGAUGCUGACUUGGUCAUUCUAGAAGGCAUGGGAAGAGCAAUUGAAACCAAUCUAUAUGCACAGAUGAAAUGUGACUCGGUUAAGAUUGGAAUGGUAAAACAUCCUGAAGUGGCGCAAUUUUUAGGCGGGAGGCUCUAUGACUGUGUCUUCAAAUUCAAUGAGGCCUAAACUUGUAAAACUUGGCAUAACAUCAGAUGCAUUGCGGUUGCUUCAUUUCAUUUUCAACUGGUGCUAUGCACACUGAACAUAUCACAUGUGCUCGUCCUUUUCGCUUUAAUAGCAAGGAAAUAAGAUAUUAGACUGCGGCAGCCUUAGGUAAUGCAAUCACGGAACUUUUAAUUCGUAUUGCACUACGUGCCUGUGCAAUUAGGUAGCAGAAUAGUAAAAGGAAAAGAAGUCUGUUCUGCUAUUUUGAUUAAUAAUAACAGCUCAAUUUGCA